AAAUAAUGCAAAAAUCGGUGCCAUUAAAACCAGAGCAGUAUAUAUGUUGUGUCCCCAACAUGGCAUCUUCAAGAUGGCGUCGAUCACCGACGAAAUAGCGUUGAAGGUACCGCACUUUUUCACUCUCUACAAAGAUGGCCGUAUCGACAGGCACAGGCAACCGGGCUACGCCCCGGCGUGCGACGAUCCGGCCGCCGCCGUCCGGUCCAGGGACAUCGUCAUCAAUCCGGAAACCGGCGUCUCCGUCCGUCUCUACCUCCCCAAAAUCACCGAUCCCGAGAAAAAGCUCCCGCUCGCAAUUUACAUCCACGGCGGGGCAUUCGUGAUGGGAUCCACCGGGUGGGUCACUUAUCACAACUUCAUCACCUCAGUGGUCGAACAGGGGAAGGUAAUUGCGGCGUCGGUGGAGUACAGAUUGGCGCCGGAGCACCCUCUCCAGGCCGCCUACGACGAUUCCUGGGACGCCUUUCAGUGGGCCAUGUCCCACCGCAACGGAAACGGUCCAGAUCCGUGGCUCAACGGCCACGCCGAUUUCGGGAGCGUUUUCCUGGGCGGAGAGAGCGCCGGAGCAAACAUAGCCCACGACGUCGCCCUGAGGGCGGGAUCCAGCGGCGAUUACAGGGAUUGGGAGAUUUCGGGGUUGUUUCUGAUCCACCCAUUUUUCGGAGGAAAGGAGGUGGACCAGCUGUAUAAGUUGCUCUGCCCGGAAAGCAGCGGCGUCGACGACGAUCCGCGGCUGAAUCCGGCGGUGGAUCCGAGGCUGGCGCAGAUGGCGUGCAAGAAGGUGCUGUUUCACGUGGCGGAGAACGACUUUCUGCUGGCGAGGGCGAAGGCGUAUUACGAGGCGUUGAAGAACGGCGGCGUUUGGAAGGGAGAUUUGGAGAUUCUGGAGGUUGAAGGGGAAGGACAUGGUUUUCACUUGCUUAAUCCUGCCAAUCCUAAGGCUGGCAUUGUUUCCAAGGAUCUGGUCACUUUCUUAUCCCAAUUAUAGGAUGUAACUAAUUAAUUGUGCAAUAAUAAUAAUAAGGAGAAAUGGAAUUCAAUAAUCCGACCUUUACCCGGUCUUCAUUAAACGGUCCGAUUUAUUGAAAAUCCAUUAAAAAUCUCAGCUUUGCCUGUCAUAUUCCCUAAUCAGUCCAGGAGACUUAAAGUAAUACUUUUUAAAAGAACGGUCAAUUUGAGUGGGAAAUCAGAAUUUACCCUUCUCAAUUUUGACUUCAUCUAAUUAAACCUACUUUUAAUCAAAGCCAUGUUUGACCCAAUUAAACUUAAAACAACGACCUCACUGUGUUGUUUCACAAGAGGAGUAAACGGAGCCUAGCAACAGCGAACACCUAGUUGAUGCUGGAGAUAGUAGACGACUUUCAUCCCCGGUAAUUCCAUUUCCAUACGACUUGCAAAGAGCUCUUCAUCUAUUUCAUAAUAAACGACAAUGGUCUGCAGGUUAUUCAUACAUGCUCUUAAUUUCAUUUUUAAUAUGCUUGUAUGCGAAAUUUUAAUUGUAUACCAAGAAUGAAUAACUUGCAGAUGAAUAACUUGCAAAGAGUUCUUGUAUCCAUAAGUGCUUAAUUGUAUGCAAGUUAUUUCAUCAAAACCUUCUCUUAUUACCUCUAUUCAAUUUUUGUUAUCCAUCGUGUGUUUGAUGAAAUGCCAAAGUCAGAUACCUAAGAAUGGUCUUGAAGUACAAUGACAUUUUUGGAUAAACAUGCCACAACCCAAUUCGUUGAACAUCAUUUUAGAGUCAUUCAUUUCUAUUCCUUACUAGAAAUUUGACAUAUGAUAGUUUAUAUCCAAAAAAAUCUUAUAAAAACACUAAAAACAGUUUGCAAGUUAAUUAGUUUUACAUAUGAUUUCAUUGUUAUGUAGGUUACAAUUGGAGGAAUGGAUAGCCUGACCUUAAGAUUCUGGCACGGAGGUUCGUUUAGGAAGAUAAACAAGAAACUUGUUUAUUUGAAUGGACAAAGUAAUAGCUUUGAGAUCGAUCCUGAUGAACUAUGCUGGUUUUGGCUUGAGGAAUUGGCAAAAAAAUGUGGGACUUACAAUGUCAUUGAUCAAAUUUUCUACUUGAUUCCUGGAAUGACUUUGGAUAAAGGACUAAGGAAGGUUUACAAUGAUAAAGAGGUGCUAGAGAUGUCUGCAAUACUAGUGCAGUCUAGGUCACUAGAUAUGUAUGUGCUGCAUGGGCUCGAUGAACCGGACAUGGUGGAGAUGUUACCAUCAAAUGCUGAAUAUUCACAAUUAAACCAAACAUUUGCUACUGAGGAACAUAUAGAUGAAGAAGCAGAAACACUCUUUGAUGAUGGUGGAGAAGGUGGAUCAACUACUGGAGCACCCAAUGCAACUCAAGGUGGUGUAAAUGAUGAGGUUGACCCAGUUUGUGAUGAAGAUGAAACACAAGGUGAAACUGAAGUAGAAGAAGAGGCUGAAGUACAAGAAGAGGCUAAAGAACAGGACGAGGGGGACUUGGUGGACUCAGAGGAUGAAGACUUGAGUGUGAAUGACUCAGAAGUUAGUGAUGAUGAGUACAAAAUUGCAAAGAGUAGGGUGAAAGAAUGCAAGAAUAAAUUUUUAGAACUUGCAAAACAGCUUCAAAAAGAAGCAGUAGAAGGUAAGCUCCAAGGGCAAAAAAAACCUCCAGCAGACAUGGACUGUGAAAAAGAUGGUUUUUUAAGUGAGUACGAGGACAGUGAUGAGGACAUUGACACUCCACCAGUUAGUGAAGAAGAAAACUUGGCUGAAAGUACGAAAACAAAGGAGAAAACUUCAGAACUUGUGACUUCUGAAACUGAUUUUGCUAAGUUUAAGUGGGAGUUGGGUCAGAGAUUUGCCACUAGGUCUGAUUUUAAGAAUGCUGUUGCCAAAUACGCUAUAUUACAAGGUCGGAAUCUGAGUAUUGCUGUGAGUAACAAGAAAAGGGGCCAGAGACUGGGGGUGAAAUGUGCAGAAGGGUGUCCUUUUAAGUUGUAUUGCUCUUGGGAAUCUAGACGAGCCACAUUUGUUCUCAAGUCACUUAAAGGGAAGCACACCUGUCGUAGAAAUAUGAAAAAGAAUAAACAACUCAAGUGUCCAUGGGUGGCGAGGGAGUUUCUUGAAGUGUUUAAAGCAAGACCCCAUUGGCCUGCAAAAGAGAUAAUGGAAACUGUGAAAAGAGCUUACAAGGUGGUAAUUAGUAGGGCAUUUGCAUACAAAGUGAAGUUCAACUCUCAUAAAAUGCUUCAUGGAUCAAUGCAUGAACACUACCAAAAGUUGGGUAGGUAUUUGGAUGCUUUGAAGAAGUGUAGCAUGGGGACUGAAAUACAAUUGGUGACAGAUGGUAGCCAACAACUUUCCUCUCCAGUUUUUCAAAGGCUUUUCAUGUGUUUUGAGGGGCUACAACGUGGAUGGAUUGACGGUUGCAGGAGGAUCAUAUGCGUUGAUGCUUGUUUUUUAAAAACUUUCCUUGGAGGACAACUAAUAUCUGCCGUGGGAAGAGAUGGAAACGACCAAAUGUACCCAAUCGCUUGGGCAGUGGUGGAAGGUGAGAACAACAGGUCAUGGGAAUGGUUUUUCCAGCUUCUUCAAAAAUGCUUGAACUUGGGAGAAGGCGAAGAUAUUUGUAUCAUAUCUGAUGAACAUCAGGCUAUACUAAAUGCAGUGUGCGCAGUUCUCCCUCAAGCUGAGCAUAGGCACUGUGCGAGACAUAUAUUUGCUCUAUGGCAUAAAAGGUUUAGAGGUGAUGAGCUUAAACUGAUGUUCUGGAAGAUCGCUAAAUCAUACAACAUGGCUGAUUAUAACCAAGCAUUCGAUGAGUUGGCUGAAUUAAAUAAUGACACUGCCACUGCAUUCAAGGGCUACAAUCCUAGUUGUUUCUGUAGAGCGUUUAUGAAAACUAGCUUCAAAUGUGAUGCCAUCACGAACAACAUGGCUGAAACCUUUAAUGGGUACAUCAUAAAUGCCAGGACCAAACACCUAAUUUAUAUGUUGGAGGAUAUCCGGGCUGCUUUAAUGCAAAGAUUAGUUAUAAAACGUCAAGAGAUGGAGAAUGCAGGUUCUAGCAUUUGUCCUAGAAUAGAAGCUAAACUGGAAAUGGAGAAGGCAAAGGCCGCUUACUGUGAUGUUCUACCAUCAACUUUAGUGACAUUCCAAGUGAAUAUGAACUUAGACAGUCUGAAUGUGGAUCUAGCAGCUAGGACAUGUACAUGUAGAAGAUGGGAUAUGUCAGGUAUACCCUGUUGUCAUGCCAUAGCUUGCAUCUUUUUCCUUCAUCAUGAACCAGAGGACUACGUAGAAAGUUGUUAUAAAAGGGAGGUGUAUUUAAGAGCAUAUGCAGGGUCUAUACCCCCGAUUGAAGGUGAGAGGCACUGGCCUAGGAUAGAGUGUCCUUUAUAUCCUCCUCCUAUUAAAAUUGGACCUGGUAGACCAAGAGUGAAUAGGAAAAAAGACCCAUUUGAAGAUCCGAAGAAGAGCGGGAAGCUAACUAAACAUGGUAUGGAAAUUACAUGUAGCAUUUGUCAAACUAAAAGUCAUAACAAGCGAAGGUGUCCAAAUAGAGACUCAAAUGUGGUCCAAGAACCUCAAGUUAAGAAAGCUAGGGGCCGCCCAAGAAAUGAUGGAAAAGCUACACAACCUUCAUCAUCAACAACACUACCAGCUACACAUCUUACUGCCACAGCACAACCCAAUAGGAUAGGAAAGAGGGGAAGGGUUAUUAAAGGAGGUAGAGGCAUUGUGGGUGAAAGGAAUCAGGUAAAUGCAAUUACAUUUACGGGUUUUUGUAAUAAGGUUACUGAUGUAUGACAUCAAUCAUAUCUUAGUGCAGGUUCCAGAAGGUUAUGGGGUUUUUAUUGGUACCGAUGGGGCGACAUAUACUAAUGUAAUUUCUUUUGAACCCUCUAAUAUUGAUUUGAUUUAUUUUUUUGAUAAAAAAAGUUUGGAACUUAACUGGGUAGUGUCACAGUAGUAAAGAUAUUGCAUUCUCUGACUUAUCAUUUCUGUGCCAUCUUGGAAAUUGUGUGGCUUGCUGGUUCCAGGUCAGGGAGGUCCAAGAUUGGUGACUCAAAGCCAAGCCUCCAUGUGUGAUUCGAAUAUGGGAAAUUUGUAGAUAAUGCAAUGAAUAGAAGAUGGUCAUUCAGAGAUCUGAGCUAUGUGGUCAUUGUUAGAUCUGUUUAGUGACCAUUUGUUUUUGUGUUUUGGUAAUAUGUAGUUGAAGGGAAUGACACUAUAUUUUGUGGUUUUGUAUAUGGUCAGUAGAAGCUAAGUUUAGAAUGCUAUGAAUGAUUUGUAAUAUGUAAUUUACUAGAAACCUAUUUUGAAGUGCCAUGACAUUAUAUUUUUGGGUUAAUAUGAUAUGGAUUGUAAUAGUU